UCUACAUACAUCUAUGAUGAGUAUAUAGGAGAUUAUUGUGCUUUUGAAUUUAAAAAAAUACUAUUACAUUCAUAAAUUCAGAAUUAAGCAUUGAAUAUUAUUAUAUGUAUACAUGAAAUAUGAGUAAAAAUGAGUCAAAAUUAACUGGUUUUCAAAAGUCAACAUUACGUAAAAAGCCAGGGAAACAGAAUAUAGAAGUUGAAAAACUUGAUGAGUUCAACUUUAUACACAGUCAUGGUGAAAUUCAUUUCCCUGGAUGUGAAGAGCCAAUAAAGUAUAUUCGUACAGAUCAACGUAAUACGCAAGACCAGUGGAGACGUAUAUUAACUGAAAAAUGGAAUUUAAAACCACCAACCUUGAUUAUUAGCAUUCUUAGUACACAUGCUGAAUUAACAAAACGAUUUAAAAAUACUCUAAAGAAGGGUUUAUGGAAAGCUGCAGAAGCCUCAGGUUGUUGGAUAAUAUCAGAUGGCUUUGAUCAUGGAAUGACAAAAGUUGCCGCAGAAGCUGUACGUGAUUAUACUGACGCUUAUGGAAGUGAUCAUAUGAUUAUGGUUGGUAUAGCACAUAGUGAACGAGUAACAUACCAAGAAUUAUUUGAUUUAGCUAAUCAAGGAGUGAAAGGCAAAGAUGACUCUUCAAAUGUCUUAUAUCCAGAUCCUUUAUCCGAUGAAGAAACUGAAGAUGUUACAAACACAGCAACAACUUCAAUAGAACCUGAUUUAUGGCAAUCAAGUGAAUUAGGAGGACAAACAGAUGAUGUUAACGGCCCAAACAGGUCAAAUAAAUCAUUGACUAAAAUCAAUACUUAUCGAUUAAAUCCAAAUCAUCAAUUUUUAAUACUUGUUGAUCCACUUACUGAACAAGAACAAACUUCUGAAGAUCGACUAUUAGAAGCACGUAUCAUGCUAGAGCGUACUAUUAUAACCUGGGCAAAGCCAUCUUCACGCUCUACAUCUGAGUGUGGUUCAACGAAGACAAGUAGUCAGUCACUACGUGGCAAACUUAAAAAGAUGAAAGAUAAAGGACAAAAGUCAAUGAGUACAGAAAAUGUCCCAAGACCAUCAGCUGCUUUACCAUCAUUGGGUGAUGGUCUUGUUGGUCAAACGUUAAGACGACAGACCCGAUUGUAUUCACAGGCACAAAUAAUGAAUGAAACCGAAGUCAAAGAAAAUCUGUUAGCUGGGAAAGAUAUCAAUUUACUACAGACUAUUUCACAAGAUGAUAACAAUUCUGUCAGUCAAACAACUGCUCGAGUUCCAAUAUGUGGGAUAGUUGCAGGUGGAAACACCUCUACUAUGGAUCAAAUUUAUGCUUCAGUAACACUGAAUCGUUGUCCAAUGGUACUUGUUCGAGGAACGGGUGGUGUUGCUGAUAUUCUGUCGAAUGUUCUAGAUUUUAUGAGUUUCAGCAGCUCAUUGGAAGAAAGUGUUAUCACUGAUCAAGAAAUUAAUUAUAAAAUAGCAAGUAUUAUACAAGAAGUUCAAGAAGAUGCUCGUCAGAACAGACGCAGUAGACGACCAUUUAAGAGAUCAGAUAAAUCAGGAAAGACUGGAAAUAAACCAACAAAUUCCACUCUGAAUUUACCAAAUGAUUCAAAUAAACAACAGACUGUAGCAGAACAAGCAACAACAAACACAGUUAUCAAUAUUAAACAGUAUGAAUAUCAGAUAUGUCGGCUAAGAGAGCUGGCUGAUGACUAUGCACAUCUAUUUUCUGUAUUUGAAUGUGAUGAUAUUGAUUUAGACGGAUAUAUGAUAUCAGCUUUAUUAAGUAGUGCUGGAAUUGACAGACCAAAAACUGAAUUAAAUCUUGAUCAACUGGAAAUUACUAUACGAUUGAAUCGUGCAGAUAUUGCUCGUACAAAGAUAUUUCUUGAAGGGAAAAGAUGGAAAAAAGGCGAUUUAAAUGAAUUCAUGUUCAAUGUUAUAUUGAAUGAACAAACAGAUUUUGUACGAUUAAUAUUAGAGAAUGGAUUUAAUUUAGAUGAAUUUCUUACUGUUCAUACAUUGGAAAGAUUAUAUACAGAAUGUUUAAAAAAGACGGAUUAUAAGUCAAGAUUAUUACAACAAUUAUGGAAAAGUUCAAGAAUUUAUAAAAUGGAUUGGGUUAUGCUUAGAGAUAUUGGAAAAAUUAUUAAAAAUCUUCUUGGCGAUUUUUAUCAUCCAUUUUACUUAUCAAAACGUUUUCAAAAAUCAGUUGUUGAACAUGGUUAUUGUGACUCGAGUGAAGAAGAGGAUAAUAAUGGUAAUAAUAAUGGAAUAUAUGGUGAUCAAGAUAAACAAACAGGCAAAGUAAUUGCAUCAACAUCGACUCUAAAAGCUGUCGACCCUAUCCCAAUAUCAUUCAAUGUGGAUGAUGACAUGAAUGUAUCCGCAAUUGGAAGAUUUUCGGAUCAAGAAGAAGAAAGGAGAGAAGAUUCCUCUCAGACAAAAAGUGCGUCUAAUCAUAGUAAGGGAAGCAAAAAAGCAAAGCAUAGUAGGAGUUCAUUGGAAAAGAAUGAAAGACAAUCAGGUAAUGAGAAAUCUGAAGAUACAGAAGAUGGUACAAGCUUUACUUCAUCAAAUGUCUCAUCAGAUACUAAACUGAUUAAAUCUACAUCAAGAUCUAGGUCAAAAUCAAAGCGAUCUAAAAGCACAGGAUCAAGAAAAGAGGCUAAGUCACAUCGUUCACCAACUGCUAAGAGUGUAUCACCUACGCUGACAAAUAAUGGACGAAGGUGUAUUGUGAAGCCAGUUCCGAGUAUAAAUCAUACGAAUGAUUAUUUAGACCCAAAUGAAUAUUCAAAUAACAGAAGCAAUCAUACAAAUGGAAAGACUGUCGGUCGGAAACAUCUUAUUAGUUCAGUUUACCCAGGUGAACCAAAUGAUCCAAUACCUAAAGCUAAAGAAGAUAUAUUUUCUGAUAUGAAAACCCCCAAUUCCAAAGAGAAAAAUCGAAGUUUAUCAGUGAAAAAAGAAUCGAAUGAACUGGAUAAGAUGAAGAGAGUUAGCUCUAAAACCCGAGAAAGUGCUCCUGUGAAUAUUACAGUUCAAUCUGAUUCAUCAACAAAUUCUAGUAAAACUGAAAUAUCUGUAAUAAUUGAACCUAUAACAAAAAUAAAUAAUAAUAAUUCUAGUGAUCAUGUCCAACAACAAUCGAACAGUAGUAUACUUCAAUCAACAAGUUUGAGUAAACAAGCAUCAUCAGCUAGAAAUAAUCGAUUGCCUGUUCCACGUGUUGCACAUUCCAUUUUACAUCCAUUAAGUGAUCCAGAGAAAGCACGUUUACGUUUAAGAGAAAUAGAAAGACAAGCGUUGGAGCGUAAACGUGAAAAAGAACGUAAACGAAGGCAUAGAAUAGCACAAGAAAAAUUCACAAUUAUGGAACGUUUAACUGGUCAGGCUAAGACUGAAAGACUUGAAGAACUGAAGCCAUCCAAGCUUGCUAAUUUUAGACAUACAAGUACAGUGAAAUUUGACAGACCAGCUAGAGAAUUAAUGAUAAUGUGUAUAUUACUUGGUAGAUUUGAAAUGGCUGAAAUAUUUUGGAAUCAAGAAAAGGAACCAAUUGCUGCUGCACUUGUUCUAUCGAUUAUAAUCACUGAGUUGGGACAGAAAUCGGAUGAUGUCGCUAAUAAAGAUGAAUAUGAAGAGAAUGCUCGUUCAUUUGAAGAAAAGGCUGAUCAAGUCCUCGAAGAAUGUUUUCAAGAAGAUCGUGCACGUACUUUAAUUCUGUUAUACAGAAAACUAGAAUUUUAUGGAAAUACUUCAGUGAUACGUUUAGCUGCACGUGGAAAAUGUAUACGAUUUAUGGCUAAUCCAUGCUGUCAAGAUUUGUUAUCAGGUGUUUGGUCAGGCAAUUUAUCACCUAAAAAUACAUGGAUACAAUUAUUUCCAGCAAUUUUGGUGGGGAUGUCUUUACCGAUUAUAAUACCACAGUUUAUCAAAUAUUCUGCUGCUUUUGAAAGUGGAGAUUCGCCUACAAGUCAAUCUAAACAUGAUCAAGAUGACAAUAAAUUGAGUUCAGAUGUUGAAAAUCUACUAAAGGUACCACGUAAAUCGCUUGGUUUAGAUCAAACAGUCACAGUCAGAUCAAGAAUCAGUAAUCAAAUUGAACGCAUCAAAAUAUUUUAUCAAGCUCCUAUUAUCCGGUUUGUGUAUAACACAAUAUUCUAUUUACUAUUUCUUAUUAUAUUCAGCAAAACUCUGCUAACAUCAUUAACUUUAAGUUUCUCUUAUCUGGAUGUUUUUAUCACUUUGAUGGUUGGAUCAUUUUUAUGUGAAGAGUUAAAACAGGCUUUCGGUUCUGGUUCAAGUUUAAAAGAGUACAUCAGUGAUGGAUGGAAUAAAUUAGACUGUCUUGCAAUCAGUUUAUAUAUAGUCGGUUUGAGUGUUAAAAUUCAUGCCUACCAGAAUCGAAUACAAGAACAGUUAUACGAAUUGGAAACAAAUAAAUUGUUACAAUAUUUAAAUUUAUCAUCAUUGACAACAUAUAAUCAAACAAAUAUCUACAAUUUACUGAAUUAUUGUCAUAUUGAUCAAUGUAAUAAUAAUACUAAUCUAACAAGUAUUCCGGCAAAUUUAUCUACUGAACAAAUCCAAAUCAUCAACUCAAUGAUGGAGAUUAAAGCAUUGCCUAUGUUUAGUGGAUCUGGACAUUCAUCACAUACAUGGAGUCCUGAUUUACCAUACUACAUACUAUCUGAUGACUUAUUCACAAUUUCAAGAAUACUUUUCGCUUUUAGUUUAUUUGCAUUUUAUGUACGAUUAAUGUAUAUCUUCAGUUUUAGUAUAGUACUUGGACCAAAAUUAAUUAUGAUCAAUAGAAUGGUGGUUCAUGAUCUGCUACCGUUUUUACUCAUUCUGUUGGUAUGUUUAAUUGGAUAUGGUAUCGCCUUCCAGUCUAUUUCAUUUGCUAAUGGUUAUUACAGUGAUUAUGAACAAGAUAAAAUGACUGUAGAUUCGGUAUACAAAUCCAAACCAGGAAUUCGUAGUCUAUAUGAUGUAAUGAUGACAUCAUAUUUUCAGAUGUUGGGUGAAUUUCGUCUGGAUGACUUACAAGGGGAUGGUUCAUCUUGUCGUGACAACGGAAAGUGUCCUCAAAUGUCUUCACGUCGUUUAACAAUUAUCAUGUUAAGUGCUUACAUCUUAUUGACUCAAGUACUCAUGUUCAAUUUGCUGGUAGCCACAUUCACAUCAACAUACAAUGAAAUUGAAGGAUCCGCUCAAUACUUUUGGUGUUAUCAACGUUAUGAAAUGAUACAAGAAUUUGUUGACAGACCGUCUGUUGCACCACCAUUUAUGUUACUAUGGUAUUCAGUAGAAUUCACAGGCUUUUUAUUCAAUGUAAUUAGCAGUGCACUAUGUGAUCGUGCUGUUGAAGAGAUUAAAGACGAUGAUCCGUUUUGUCGAAGUUUACACAAUAAUGUGGCAUUGGAUAGAAAACUUACGAAGUGGGAGCAUAUGAUGGGUACUCGACGUAUCAAAGCUGACACAGAUGUAGGCGGUGCUCGUAAGUGGACUGGAAGAUCUCGUGGUGAUACUCAUGCAAUUGUAUUACGGUCUGCUGCAACUGGAGGUGUAACAGCCGGCAAAGGAUUAGUUGCAGGCGGAGCUGGUGGUCAUGGAGAUGUUUCUGGGGAACCAGGAUCUAUACUGGAAGGAAUCGGUCCUAUAUUUGGUCCAGAAACUGAAUUCAUUGAAGACAGAUUUCAUGAAUUGGGUAAUCAAAUCAGUAGACUAUCAAAUUUUGAAGAACGUCUAGGAAAACUAGUUCAAGGUGUCAAUCGUGUAAUGACUAUAGUAAAGGAUAUAAAUGAACAGCAGAAGAAGGCGAUCAAAUGUUUAAAUCCAGGCAAUGGCAAACGACUUGUCGGUUGGGGUAAAAGUAAGAAAGACACUCAAAAUCAGCUGGUGAAAGCAGUCUGUGCAGCUGUCACAGGCCUUGAUUCACACUGUACAAUAAUCGAAGAGAAGAUUGAAGAAAAAUUAAGAAUUGAAGAACAAUGCGUAAAAGCUAUUUUGACCCGAAGUAAUGGAGAAGAACCUGAACCGGAUACAGUUCUUACACCACGCAAAGGACCACCAUCGCGUAAUCCACGUGCAGCACCAGCAUCAGGAAAAAUUUUUGAACGUCUUAUUCUAAGUCAUCGAUUAUGGCGGAUAGUUCCAUUCAACUUUGAAAUCUAUCCUGGGAUUCGAAUGAAUGUACCCCCAGAUAAAUUGAACUGGAAGAUUCCAUAUGACACUUAUAGAACAUUUACAGUAACAGAUGACAGAAUCGCUUUACCAUAUCCUGAGAUUGAAGAUGGACCAGAGGUGUCUCCACAGUCACUACCCUACAAUGCAUAUGAUACUGUCAAGGGCGUAAGUAGAAUGUCACUGCGUGGUCGAGUGCGUGUUGUUCGCCAAACAGAUCAUAUCACUGACCCAAGAACAACUAAUAUCGUCUCUACAACAGCAAAAAGCAAAGCAUCAGCUAAAUUAUCCGAAUAUAUUCCAGUGGGUUAUCCUCUGAAUCCAUGUGGACGCACAGGUCUAAGUGGUAAAGGCCUAUUACCACACUGGGGACCAAAUCAUGUUAUUGUAGUUGCAAUUACACGACUGGAUCCUUCCCGUGCAAUGUAUGAAGAUUUACCAAUUAUGCAAGUUGGUUUACUACAUAAUAAUCAACAGCUGUGUCUACCAUGGUAUUUAACUGACCAUCGACAAGAUUGUGAUUUUCAUGACUGUAGUGCAAAUGUGAUUCGGGCCUUUAUUCAGCGUCGUUUAACAAAUCUGUUUGAAGAUAAACAGCAGGUUCAAUCGAUGCUUUUAAGUUUGAAGACUGCAAGUGUUUCCAUUGCUUAUACAGGUUAUAUCACUGAUCAUUUGAAUGCCGAUCAUGCAUGGAUUGAAGGAGUCUUACUCAAUAUACACGAAAAUGAAGAGCAUGCAUUUCAGGAAGAAAUUUUACAAGUGUUUCUGGAAUCUGAGUCUACUGAACAAGUUGCAUGGGUUAACAUUGGACGUCUAUCAGGAAUACGUUCUAGCCAUGAUGAACUGCUUGCGAGAAUUGCCUUACAUCGUGGUGCAUUUUAUAGUGAAGCGUUAGCUAGAAGACAAUUAAAUCCAUCACAGUGA